CACAAGUGACAAUGAUGGCAGCAGCUAGGUCUGCGCUCCGUUCCCCUGGCGUUCUACACCACUGUCACCUGCCCACUGUCCUGAACACCAUUGCAAGAAACAGCGAGUCUCUGUAUAAUCUCCGUCAAUCCCACAAAUCAAAUAGAAGAACAAAGCCGCCAGUCUUCAUUUCAUCUCUCUGUCAUCAAUCAGCAACCCCAAUACUUUUCUUGCCUUCGGUCCCUUCCAAUCUUCUCAUCCUGAAAUGAUCCCAAUCUUCAGAACAAGAAAACGCUUAAGCAUCGUCACUGCCUGGAACGUUUCUGCAACUAGUCCAUCUCCAUUCGCAUCUUCCCAAGCACAACAUGACCCGUCUUGUGCACAACCCCAAACCCCAGUUUCAAGCCCUGCUAGGGUUUUCCCAGUUCGCGCCUUCUCAACGCAAUCUUCAAAAUUCCCCGAAUAUGAGAUGCCGUCGGUAACGUGGGGAGUCGUCCAAGGACGAAAGGAGAAACUUAUUUCCCGCGUGAUAAUCUGUGACUACUUGAAGAGUAUUGGGAUAGUUCCUGAUGAACUGGAACACUUGGAAUUGCCGUCAACGGUUGAAGUGAUGAGGGAGAGAGUGGAAUUUCUCCAGAAGUUGGGGUUGACAAUCGAUGAUAUUAACGAAUACCCUUUAAUGCUUGGGUGCAGCGUGCGCAAAAAUAUUAUACCAGUCUUGGGAUAUUUGGAGAAGAUAGGUAUUCAAAGGUCGAAGCUUGGUGAAUUUGUUAAGAAUUACCCACAAGCGCUACACGCCAGUGUUGUUGUUGAGCUUGCUCCUGUCGUGAAGUUUUUACGUGGGCUUGAUGUGGAAAAGCAAGAUAUUGGUUAUGUGUUGCAAAAGUAUCCGGAACUGUUGGGGUUUAAGCUUGAAGGGACUAUGAGCACUUCAGUGGCUUAUCUUGUUAGCAUUGGCGUUAGUCCGAGAGAUAUUGGUCCAAUGGUUACACAAUAUCCUUAUUUCUUGGGAAUGAGAGUUGGGACCAUGAUCAAGCCAUUGGUUGAUUACUUGGCUUUUUUGGGUUUGCCAAAGAAGGUGUUGGCUCGGAUGUUUGAGAAGCGGGCAUAUCUACUGGGUUAUGAUUUGGAAGAGACAGUUAAGCCAAAUGUGGAUUGCUUGAUCAGUUUUGGGAUAAGGAGGGAAGCACUUCCUUCGGUGAUUGCACAGUGCCCUCAAAUUCUUGGGCUUCCUUUGAAAGCAAAAUUAUCUACUCAGCAAUACUUCUUUAAUUUAAAGUUAAAAAUAGAUCCCGAAGGUUUUGCUCGACUGGUAGAGAGGAUGCCACAAGUAGUUAGCCUCAAUCAGCAUGUGAUUAUGAAACCUAUUGAGUUUCUUUUGGGUCGGGGAAUACCUGCUGUAGAUGUAUCAAAUAUGGUUGUGAAAUGCCCUCAAUUGGUUGCGCUGCGAGUUGAGCUCAUGAAGAAUAGUUAUUACUUUUUUAAAACUGAGGUGGGAAGGCCAGUGAAGGAGCUUGUUGAGUUCCCUGAGUACUUUACUUAUAGCUUAGAAUCCAGGAUCAAACCUAGGUACCAAAAAUUACAAAGCAGGGGGAUUAGGUGUUCUUUGGCCUGGUUCCUCAAUUGUAGUGAAGAGAGAUUUGAGGAGAGGCUGCAGGCUGACUAUAUUGAGACAGAGACCAUGGGUCCAUCAUUUUGUAUGGGUGGGAAGUUAGAAUUACCAGGAAAUGAGAUUGUGUCAGAUGAAGAAGAUGAGAGUGAUGAUGAAAUACUUUAUAGACGCACGGUUUCUCUUUAGUGAACUUUUGUUAUGUGACAAAAAUAAAUCUAAUUUAUUUGGCAA